AUGGCUAAAAGUAGUUAUGAAUAUGUUCGAAAUUUUGAAGUAAUGGAUCGUUGUCUUCCAUCCACCUGGAUUGUUGUUCGUGUGGAUGGACAGGGAUUUCAUAAAUUUACAACAGAGCACAACUUUUUCAAGCCGAAUGACACACGUGGUCUGUUAUUGUCAGUACGUGCAGCAGAACGUGUAAUGCAACAACAGAAAGAAAUUGUUCUAGCCUAUGGUCAGUCAGAUGAAUUUAGUUUUAUCUUCAAAAAGUCUACAGAACUAUUCAAUCGUCGGGCUAGCAAGAUAUCCAGCACUGUCGUUUCCUUAUUCUCCUCCUCGUACGUUUUUGAAUGGCCUAACUUUUUUCCCGAUAUAUCUUUACUCUAUCCACCAUCAUUCGACUCUAGAGUAAUACUUUAUCCAUCGAAUAAAACUUUACGGGAUUAUCUUUGUUGGCGUCAAGUUGACUGCCAUGUGAACAAUCUUUACAAUACUUGUUUCUGGAAGCUUGUUCAAAAUGCUAAUCUAACUGGAGCAGAGGCUGAAGAACGCUUAAGGGGUACUUUAUCCAGUGAUAAGAAUGAGUUGUUAUUUUCUCAAUUCAACUGUAAUUACAACAAUGAACCAGAAUUAUACCGCAAAGGUACUGUGCUGUUCAGAAGUAAGGCUGGAAAACACUGUAUCAUUGAACAAGCUAAUGUAGAUAUAAUAAAAGAUGAAUUCUGGAAUGAACACAGUCAUAUACUAAAUUGUGAUUGA